CCGAAAUCUUGGGGGCGCGAAUGCUGGUAAUGGAAAUGAUGCUGGAAAUCAAGCACCACCUCCAGCACCGCCUGCUCCUGCUGUUCCUGUUGCGGGUGUACCUGAGAUUGGUACUAUGCAAACGGCUAUUCAAAUGUUGACUGCAUUGGUUGCUGCUCAGCAGCAGCGUGGAGGUGUGGGACCUCAUGGUUGAGGCAGACUUAAGCAAUUCCUCGACUUGAAGUCACCAGAGUUCUUUAGGUCACGAGAGAUGGAUGACCCCCAACACUUUUUAAAUGAGACCUUCAAGGCAUUGAGGGCAAUGGAUGCCCGGGAUUCCGAAGCUGUAAGGCUUGCUUCUUAUCAGUUGAAGGAUGUUGCUCACGUAUGGUUUGAGAUGUGGGAAUCUGAGAGGGGUGACGCUGCUUUAGCUCCGACGUGGGCUGAAUUUGAAGAGGCGUUCAUGGAAAGGUUCUUGUCUGAUGAGGAAAGAAUUGCUAUGGCUACAAAGUUUGAAAAGCUAGAGCAGGGUAACAAGUCAGUUCGUGAGUAUAGUUUGGAAUUCACCCGUCUGUCAAAGUAUGCUUUAUACAUGAUUCCGACUGAAAAGCAUAAGUUGACUCGUUUUGUGAAAGGCUUGGUACCACGUAUCAAGUCUGCAUGUGCUGCUGUUGCUAUGUCUCCUACUUGUACUUUCUCAUCUUUGGUUGGGUUUGCUGAGCAACAAGAGAGUUGGAAAAAUGAGGAGAGGGUGGAUCGAGAUCAGAACAAGAAGGCCCGUUUGACGGGUGGUUUCAGUGGUAAUAAUUAUAAGGGAGGGCAGAGUAAAGGGUAUUCGCACUGCUCGGUUCUGCGCUUAUUCCCAUGCUAG